GUGGUGGUUAUUUAUUUGUUUUACAAAUUUCAGUAUACACAUCUAGAACCCUGAUUUGGAGGCCUUGUCUAGCCAGGGGUCCCAAGGUCUUCCUUCAGACAUACGACAUCCACCCAGUUAAUAUUCACAAGUGUUGUUCUGCUGUCUUUGUGUGCACAUCUGCAGGGACCCUCAAUGAUUCAUCUAUCACCCAUGGAAAGAGUGAAUCAUUUACCAGCUGCUGGAAUGUCCUGCAUCAUCUGUGCAGAUCUCCGAAUACCUGUAGGUCACAGAUGCUGUGUGCAGCCACCUGGGCCUCCCAUAGCAGAGGAGGAUACGAAACUGUCUGUGGGACUGUCAGCAUUCGGAGAUGUGGCCGUAGAAUUUUCUCCAGAGGAAUGGGAAUGCUUGGACCCUGCUCAGUGGAAUUUGUGUAGAGAUGUGAUGUUAGAGAUCUACAGAAAUCUGGUCUCCCUGGGCCUUCCUGUCUUUAAGCUGGACCUGGCCAUCUUUUUGGAACAGAGGAAAGAAUACAGGAAUAUGCAGAGAGAAUUGACCGUCGCCAACCCAGGUAGGUGAGCAUACGUGAGCAGAUAACACAGGUCAGGACAGGUCCAAAGGUCAAAGAAGAACCAGACCUUAAAGUGGGAAUUGGGAAGAUCUGCUCCAGUGAAAAUAAUUUUGGGGGAGCCUAGGUUUAUUUCUCUUGUUCUCACAGAGGUACAUCUUCUAUUUAGUGCUCUUACAGUUUUCUGAUCACUUUUCUUCCCCUUCAGUUAUCUUUUGUCAAAUUAAUAGUGAGAGCUAAAGCUUUCUUUAUGGUCUCACGAUCUGACUGCUCUUCCAUUGAUAAUGCAGACCUGGGUUAAUCUGGGCAUUUGUCUGAGGACCUCUAUGUUAAGUCAUUUUAAGUUUUUUUUGUUUGUUUCAUGUCAGAAGUGUGUGAUAGGUGUGGUGAAACAUACUGGGAUUUAGUUCAAAAAUCCUAGAAACAGUGUAGACAGAUGUCACAUAUUUCCAAUCCCAUGAAUUUUUCAAAGGCAAUUAUACAGAAAUUCGGACUCAGUAAUUUCAUCUUAGCACAAAGCAUCUCCUUAAAUAGAGGAAAAUCUAACCCUAUAUUUCAC